UUGACCUAAUUGUUCAAAUAAAAAAUGCAAAGUGCUCUAUAAGUCGAUUGCAGAGAUGGUAGUUGAAGAAGAAGAAUCACUACCAGCAACAAGAUGCCGAAUCGGGUUUACUAUGUUUUUCUUUUUCUUUCGUUUUGUAAAUCAGUUAAGAUUUAUUACCAAUAAUAUAUUACAGGAUUUGUAUGUACCCAUUACUGAAGAUAGCUCAUAGACUGCCCACAUACUCACUUUCCUUUUACUCUAAUCUCAUCGACCACUGUCUCUCGUUGAAAUCCUUGGAUUUAGCUAAAUCCAUACAUGGCCAGUUGAUAAAACUUGGUUUCAAUAGCCAUACUUUUCUGGGUAAUCGUUGUAUCGAUCUAUAUGCCAAAGUUGGCAUUUCCAAUGAUGCUUUGAAAGCAUUUGAUGAAAUACCGAACAGAAAUAUAUUUUCUUGGAAUAUAUGCUUGAGCGUAUUUGUAAAAUCUGGUGAUAUUGAGAGGGCACGUAGUUUGUUUGAUGAAAUGCCUGAAAGAGAUGUUGUCAGUUGGAAUUCCAUGAUUUCGGGGUAUGCUGCAAAUGGGUUUGUUGAACAUGCAUUGGAAAUUUUCUUGGAAAUGCAGAGAGUUGGUAUAAGGCCAAGUGUAUAUACGUUCUCUAUUCUGGUUUCUUGUGUGAGGAGUGCUUGUUGUGGUAAGGAAAUUCAUGCUAGUAUGAUAAGGAAUGAAGUGAAUUUGUCAAACGUGGUGGUUGGGAAUUCAUUAAUAGACAUGUAUGGGAAGCUUGGCCUUGUAGAAUAUGCUAUCGUGGUGUUUUUAUAUAUGGAGGAGGUGGAUGUUAUAUCUUGGAACUCAGUGAUUUUGGGUUGUUGUAAGUCGGGUUGUGAAGAAUUGGCGUUAAAUCAGUUUUGUUUGAUGAAAGCUGCAGGACAUUCACCUGAUGAGUUUACACUAUCGGAAGUUAUUACUGUCUGCUCUAACUUGCAAGAUUUGAGAAAGGGUAAGCAAAUUUUUGCUUUAUGUAUGAAGCUGGGAUUUCUUUCUAACACCAUUGUCUCAAGUGCCGCUAUUGACCUGUUUUCCAAAUGCAACAGAUGGGAGGAUUCAGUCCGUGCAUUUGAAGAAGUUGAUUUGUGGGAUUCGGCACUUUGCAAUUCCAUGAUUUCAACCCAUGCAAGGCAUGGUUUUGAGGAAAAUGCAAUAAAAUUUUUCAUUCAUACUUUGAGGGGGAACAUAAGGCCUACUGAAUUCACGCUCAGCUGUGUUCUCAGCUCUGCUUCAGUCUUCCUUCCGGUGGAGCUUGGAAGUCAACUUCAUUCUUUGGCUGUCAAAUUUGGUUUUGAAGCGGAUCCUAUAGUUGCCAGUUCGCUUGUGGAAAUGUACAGUAAAUAUGGAUUAAUAGACUCUGCCAAGAAUAUCUUUGCUCAGAUUGCUGUAAAAGACUUGAUAUGUUGGAACACUAUGAUUAUGGGGUUGACUUACAGUGGAAAAGCAAUUGAAUCCCUAGGGCUUUUUAACGAUCUACUUGACAUAGGUACACAACCAGAUGAAAUAACACUGUCUGGGGUUCUAUUGGCUUGCAGCUUUGGUGGGUUUAUCGAUGAAGGGAUGACAAUCUUUGCAUCAAUGCAAAAGGAAUAUGGAGUUAUUCCUACGGAUGAACAUUAUGCUUGCAUUGUGGACAUGAUGAGUCGAGCCGGUAAACUCAAUGAAGUGGUAAGUAUAUUAGAUACAAUUUCGUAUGAACCCAAUGCUCUAAUUUGGGGAUCAAUACUUGAUGCCUGUGGAUUUCAUGGGGAGUUAGAGCUCACCGAGAGAGUUGCAGAGAGGAUGAUGGAGUUGGAACCAGAUUCAUCUCUGCCUUAUUUGGUGUUAGCUCAAGCAUACGAGAUGAGGGGCAAAUGGGAGAGCCUAGUUCGAGUCAGGAAGGCCAUGAAAGAAAGAAGAACAAAGAAAGUAGUUGGAUGCAGUUGGAUUGGGAUAAGAAACCAUUUGUUUGGUUUUAAAUCAAACCAAAUCUUUCACCAUGGUGGGAAAGACAUUUAUUUCAUAUUGAGAUUACUAAAAUGGGCGAUGGAGGAUGAGGGCUAUGUAUACCCCCACUACAGUAAAGUGGGUGCUGAGGCUGGAGAGGGGUGAAGUAGUGCAAGGGAAUAGAGUUGCCUAUGUUUUGUUAAUU